GCCCCGCCCCCUGCACCGGCGCGCCCCGCGGGGGAGCCGGGUAGGAGCCGGAGCGCGCGGUACGCGCGGCCACUGGAGACCAGGCGGCCGGCGGCCGAGCAGGCGGCGACAGCGGAUGGGGACUCGGAGUCGGGCGGUUGUGGCUGUGGCGGCGGCCGGGAAGCAGCUGGCGGGCCGGCGGCGGCGGCGGCGCUGGCGGCGGUGACGGGCCCCGGCGGCGGCGGCAGCAGCAGCAGCAGGAGCAGCGACGCGGUGGCGGGCUGCGGGCGGGCGGCGUGAGGAGCGGCGGCGGCGGAGCGCGGGGCCGCCGGGAAGCUAGGGCGCCGAGACGCCCCCUGCCCAGUCCUCGCAGGCCGUCAGGCCCCCUCCAGCCGGGGCCGUGGAGCACCGGGGCAAAGGCCGGGGCCCCCCCAUGAAGGAGCGCGACGCGGCCCCGGCCGAGCGGGGCAAGCCGGCCACCUAUACCGGGGACAAGAAGGCGAAGAUGGCGGCCAAGACCAACAAGAAGUGGGUCCGGCUCGCCACGGUGUUCGCCUACGUGCUCUCCGUGUCGCUGGCCGCCAUCGUACUGGCCGUCUACUACAGCCUCAUCUGGCAGCCGGUGGGCGCCGGGACCUCGGGGGGAGCCGCCGGCCCGCCCCACAGCGUCUCCAACGCCACUGGCCCGUCUGGGACUUCGGGGGCGGCGGCGGGGUCCAACACCACCAGGUCGUCCCACAGCGAGGCGCCACGCGACGCUCCCCCACUGCAGGCGGAGAGGCCGGCGCCCCCGGAACCCGCUGCAGACAACCCGCUAGUCGGGCCGCUCGAGCGGCCGCGGGGGCCGGACGAGGACGAAGAGGAAGCGGCCGCGGCGCCCCGGAGUCGUUGAGCCUCUCCGCGUUGGGGGCGGUCGGGAAUCUUCGGCCCCCAAGCCCACAGGCUGGACUUUGCGGCAGGACCGGCUCCGGAGCCCUCCGGAGUGACCCCUACGCGAGCGAACGCCCCCACACACCUCAGCGGUCGCCAGCUCGCCCCGGGAGCGGGUAACACACAACCGGACCAGCCAAGGGACCACGAUUCGCCGGGGACUCGGGGUUUGAUCUUCCCAGCACCCGUGCUGCGCCAGGGCCCAGAGCCAUAAGGGGAGCUGGGGGUGGGGGGGUGGGGAGAAAGAGCCUAGCACCCAGCCCUUCUGCGCCGCUAGCUCUGGUGUAUCCUAAAGCAGGGGGUGACUGGGGCGCCCCAUCCCCAAGACUCAGGGGAGGGGAGGGAGUUGUGUAGGGGCUCUUUUUUAAUAAGCUGAAGCUCUCCAAAAGGAGAACACCAAAAGUAGCGGAGCUCAGGUACGUCAACCUAGUUGCAGUGGCCAGACAUGCGUUUAAUUUAUAGAUCCCUGUAUAUAGUUGUUGACAUAUGCACUAGAAGCUAUAAUCACACAGAAUUCUAUGUAUUCCCCCUCACCCUGGGUAGCUACUGAAUGGUGGGGUCCAGCAAGGGCUAUUUGCUUGGCCUCCAAACUGCACUUAGUCAGAAGGGCACAAACACAGCUUUUUUUUUUCUUCAUCACCCACUCUUUCACCUGUUCCCUGCCCGGUUCAGAAAGAUUAAGUUCCCGACGUUCUUACACAAGUAUAAUCGUUCUUAGACUGCUAACAUGACAGUGGAAAAACCUCAGUAGUAGAAACCGUUUAGGGAGGGUGGGGGAAUGUAUUGAUCCCCCUCCCGUUCCCAUCCUAAGGCUCCCACCAAAGUGGUUUCCUGUUGCAGCCCCGGGUGUCUGGAUGGAUGCCAGGGGCAAUGGAGAAGGAGUACGCGCUGUGUUUAGAUCAGUCUCUUCCCUCACAGAAUUCCUUUAGGAAGAGCAAGCCUUUGUAAGUGCAGUGAUUGGCAAGUGUUUUCUCUCGUUCCUUUUCUGGCUCCUCCGUUAUCUUAUCUGGUUCCAGAUCUUGUCUUAUUUAAUUUCUUGCCCUCCUAGAUCUUGUCUUACUCAUUUUUGCAUUUUCUAUUUUCUGAGCCUGAAACAACACAGCAUCUUGCCGUUAGGACAAAAUCAGUUUCGAAGCCCAAGCUUUGAUAUGCUCUGGUUUUGAGUUACUUUAUAGGACUCAAGCCCGAGAGUGUGCUAAGAUAGCCAGUGAGGGGACCAGCCAUGGGAAGAUUGAAUUGGCACCUUGUCUUUCUCGUUCCUGAUAAGCUCCCACUUAAAUGCAGCAAGGUUUCUAGAGGUGUGACAGAUGAAGGGACACACACACACACACAUGCACAUAGCUAGCUCCAGGGCAGCAGGAAUUAUACUCCUUCAGUUUGGAUUCCAUUUCCUCUGCCACUUGCUUUUAGGCAAUUGAGUGUGGGUAGUGACAGAGAUCUAACCCCUUAGUGUUUCCUUUUUGGGAAAUGAGCUACUUAAAAAAGAAACCAACAGGAACCCUGCCCACCUUGGUCCUGAAUUGUCUAUCCAGUUUUCUGGCCUACCUUGUAGUAGUUAGCUCUGAUUCAGGUUUACAGGACAACAGUCUUGAUUUAAGCCAUGUCCUGUCCUGGGCAAGAAAGUAGCUCCUAAGCUGGCAGCCUCCCAGCAGGCUGCCAACACCCCAAGGUGUCUGGGCUUGGAGAUUUCUUCACAACUGACUAGGACUUCGGUCGCUAGGAGGCCCAUGGGGACUUUUUAAAUUUUUGAGGAGAGACUGGGGGGGGGGACAUAAAAUGCCACUUUAUAACUUCAAUAAUAGCCUGUAAUUUAUAUUUAUGGUGUGAAUUUUUAGUCCUAUAUUUUAAUAAUUUGUAAAUUGAUCUCUUAUUCCAAGAAUCCUCGGGACUCGUGGGAGACUAUCUGGGAGUCCAUUCCUCCUACCCUUGUGACCCUGCUUUAUGGACUGUUUAAAUCCACUUUGGGAUGAAUCAGAGUCCAGCCAGACCACUCGUGGUCCAGCUGGCCUCCCGACUCUCCAAAGCCUUCACUGGAAUUGGGACAUUUUCUCCAGCCCUAGCUGUGAACAUGACCAGAGACAUUAUUUAUAAUUCAGCCAUUCAAGAUAUACCUGUACUUUAAAAGUCCUGUAUAUUUUUUAAAAGUUUUAUUUUUCAGGUGAACAAAAUACAUUCUAAGAACUCUGCCUAAGCCUGUGUCAGUUGGUCCUUUCUCUUACUGACUUUAUGGAGAAGGAGUAGAGGUGGUCUUGGGUGCCCUGGGUAGGUGGUGAUGAAUAGGUGCAGAAGGAAAAGGCAAUUGCCUUGCUGUUCUCGGUGCCUGCAGUUGAGCAGAUUAGAGGAAGAUGGCAGGAUCCAUCUUAGUCAGGUCAGAAGAGGAUGCCAGUUUCUGCUAACCUAACAAGGCCGGAGGGCAGAGAAAGUUCUACUCCAUGGUACUCUUAAGCAGAUACCUAGCAGGAGGACCAGCAAGUGUGAGGAUUAAGCUUUAAUCACAAACAUUUAGCUGUCUGAGGUGAAGAUACAGUUGCCUGCUGGCGUCGUGUUCUCACCUUAAACUGUUGGCCUUUUGCUAACUCAGGAAGUGCUGACACGGAAAAAGACAAACCCAGGCCUCUGAGCUGCCUUGUGGAGCCUGUCUCCCCAGGGCCAAGCAGCUAAGAGGUGUAGGUUGCUUCAAAGGUGCAGGGUUUUUUUUUUUUUUCCUCCCCUGAAAGCAAACAACAACAACAAAAAAGAUGUGGGUGAGAAGCAUAAAUCUAAGGGAUUAGUUAUGCUGCAGAAAUACAUGGUAUGAAAUUGAGUUCAGCUCCUUACGAGACAAUUGGUACCCAGUACAAAUCCGGAGUGAGAAGCCAGUGUUGGUGGAGCCCCCUGUGGCCUGCACUUCUCUAGAACUGUGAGGGGGUAGGCACUGUGCAUUUACUUCACCUUGUAGUCUGCGGGAGGCUAGGGAAAAGUCCCGCCCUUCCUUUAUUUCCCUCUUCAGCCUACACAAUGGCUUUCUGUGCGAGGCCUUGGUAAGGUAGGAGUGAGUUCGGUGGCUUUCCACUCACCCCCUCCCAUCCGCAGAUGGGGACAUGUGGCUUCUACACCUGCACACAGCUUACCACAUUGGCCAGAGAUAGCAGUAGGUACACGGAGAGCCUGGUGGCUGAUUAGAACAGGGCCCGAUGGAAUGGGAACAGGCUUCGGAAACAGCUUUCUUUGCAAAUGUUGGGUAGGAGCAAAACUGUCCAUGUGUUUAAGCCUGGAAGGCCUGUGUGAAGGGCAUUAGAGAUUUUCCCUCUUAACUGCUCUGCACUGGGACGAUCCCUGGGUGUCUGCUUAUACUGAAAGUUACCGUGUCUGUUCAUUCCCUGGCAGCCUGAAAAAAAAGAAUGAAGUUUUGAAAGUAUGGGGUCAGGGAGCCCUUUGGAUGAGCUUGUAUCUUUCUCCUUCCUCCAUGGCUGCUCGGGUACAGAAAAG